AUGCCUAAAACAAAUGCGGAAAUUUGUCGGGCGUAUAGGUUGCGAAAAAAGAAGAUUGCACAAGGAUACCGAUCUUCUGUGAAUGAAAUUUUAUCUACACCAUCAACUUUAAAUUUGUCGCCUCAGCCUGUGAUUACCGAGUCAUCGUUGCCUACUGCAGUACACGAUAAUUUCCACUGUAUUAUUGUGCAACCGGAUGUGCCUGUAGAAAAUUCGUCUAUGCUGUAUUAUCAUCGUACAACAUCGGAAAAUAUUACAUCAACAAAAAUGGACCAAAGUCCUCGAUCUCGAGCACGAAAAAAUAAUCAACAGUUAGCUGAUGCUUCGAUUAUACAUGUUUUGUCUAAUCAAGACAUUGUACUGGACCAAGAACGUCAUUCGUUAAAUCAAGACGUAAUCACGGAUCAGGAAUUACCUCAAUCAGACGUACAAAUUAUUAAUUCCAAGUCUUCAGACCACUUAAUAAUUAAUCAUUCCACUGAUUUUGAGUCAGAAUCAAUAGUCAAGAACGAAAAAGUUACAGUGACGGAAUCUAAAGUUGAUAAGCAAGAUGAAAAAACUGAAGAAGAACCAUCACUAGAUAGCACGUUAUCGUUAAAGCCGUUACCAAAUCUUACAGAUGAAGAAUCUCCUUCAAAGGUUGUUCAACGAAAUAUAGCGGCUCCUGUUAGAUUGGUUCCACAACAAUCUCUACUAAUUCCUCAAAGGCCACAAUUCGCAAAUUUAGUAAACACUACAAGGAAAGUGUAUAUACCCAUAAGCGGUUCACAAAAUCAAGUUGGAAAGACUAUUGUGUUAAAAAAACUUUCUCCUCAUGUUUCGAGGCUACGAGGACCUGACUUAUUGCCGAAACCUGGUACCUCAGUAAGAAUGCCUAGAAUGGUUGCAAGGCAUCCAGUGCCCUUACCCGAUUCUUUGAAACAAUAUGAGCCUCCAAACUAUAAGAAUUUACCAACCGCACCUGAACUUAAACUAUCUGAAGUAGAAAAUGUUCUCAAGAUGCCAAAAACUAACGCAGAGAAUUGCAGAGCAUAUUACUAUCGUAACAAAAAUAAAAGCGUAAAAAAAAAGCGGUCAGCAAAAACAAACGCGGAACUUUGUCGGGCGUAUAGGCUGCGUAAAAAAAAGAUUGCACAAGGAUACCAAUCUUCUGUGAAUGAAAUUUUAUGUACACCAUCAACUUCAAAUUUGCCCCCUCAGCCUGUGAUUACCGAUUCAUCGUUGUCUACCGCAGUACACGAUAAUUUCAACUGUAUUACUGAGCAAACUGAUAUUCAAAUCGAGAAUUCAUCAACGACUUCCGGACCACCGCCUCAGCCUAUAAUUACCGAUCCAUCGUUGUCUUCUGCAGUACACGAUAAUUUCCACUGUAUUAUUGUGCAACCUGAUGUGCCUGUAGAAAAUUCUUCCGUGCUGGGUUACCACCGUACAACAUCGGAAAACACUACACCAACAAAAACGGACCAAAGUCCUCGACCUGUAGCACGAAAAAAUAGUCAACAGAUAGCUGAUGCUUCGAUUAUAAAUGUAUUGUCUAAUGAAGACAUUGUACUGGAUGAAGAACGCCAUUCAUUAAAUCAAGACGUAAUCACGGAUCAGGAAUUGCCUCAAUCAGACGUAUUAAUUAUUAAUUCCAAGUCUUCAGAUCAUUUAAUAAUUAAUUAUUCCACUGAUGUUGAGUCAGAAUCAAUAGUCAAGAACGACAAAGUUACAGAGACGGAAUGUAAAGAUGAUAAACAAGAUGAAAUAACUGAAGAAAAACCAUCACUAGAUAGCACGUUAUCGUCAAAGCCGUUACCAAAUCUUACAGAUGACGAACCUCCUUCAAAGGUUGAUCAACGAAAUAUAGCGGCACCUGUUAGAUUGAUUCCACAACAAUCUCUACUAACUCCUCAAAGACCACAAUUCGCAAAUUCAGUAAAUACUCCAAGAAAAGUGUAUAUACCCAUAAGUGGUUCACAAAAUCAAGUUAGACAGGCUGUUGUGUUAAAACAACUCUCUCCUCAUGAUCCGAGGCUACGAGGACCUGCCUUAUUGCCGAAAUCUGGUACCUCAGUAAGAAUAUCUAGAAUAGCUGCAAGGCAUCCAGCGCCCUUACCCGAUUCUUUGAAACAAUAUCAACCUCAUAACUGGAAGGCUUUACCACCCGCACCUGAACUUAAACUAUCUAAUGUAGAAAAUGGUAUAGUUAUCUCAUGGAAAAUAGAUGGCUACCAAGAAGAAGACUAUGAAGAAAUAGCUAGUUAUCAGUUAUACGCAUAUCGGGAGACAUCUUUACCCCCAAAUACAGCACUAUGGGAGAAAAUUGGUGACGUCGAAGCUCUACCAUUGCCUAUGGCAUGCACUUUGACAGAAUUUAUGGCGGGAUAUAAAUACUAUUUCGCGGUGAGGGCCGUCGAUGUCCGGUCUAGACUAGGACCAUUUAGUUUACCCGGAAGUAUACUUCUUUUGAAUAAAAUG